AUGGCGAUGCAGAUGGGCUUGCAUCAGGACCCUGAUUAUCUCGGCGAUACGAAUGCGGAACAAAAGGAGAUACGGAGAAGGUUGUGGUACACUAUCCUUGAGAUGAAUAUCCAGGCCGCCUUGGAUUCUGGGAUGGUGCCAAUGAUUACAGAGAACGAUUACAAUACCCUUCCUCCGUCUAGUAUUGAAGAUGUCAAUAUAGACCCCGAGGGAAGCGAAGGAGUGAAAGAGACGACCUUGACUUCGUAUCCGAAGUCGCUUCAGUAUAUCUUGGCCCGGUCGAUCUCUUUCAGACUCAAAGCCACCAAAGUCAUCAAUAGCCUUGAAGAAGAGCCAUCAUAUGAGUCGGUCUUGCAACUCGGACAUGAGCUAGCUUCAGUCUGUCGUGAAGCUGCCGUCAGCACCUCUAGCGGUCCUUCCGAAUUGGGAUCAUCGCCGGGAGGCCAGUUUGCGAACAGUUUUUGCAGUCAUCUCCUGAAUCGCUUUCUUCUAUGUCUUCAUUUCAAGUACGCUAUGCAAGCGACGCAAAAUCCACUUUAUUCGCACUCACAUAGAGUCUGUCUUGAGGUUGCUCUGGCCCUGAUUUCGCUCCUCGACGACAAUAUUUAUAGUCGGUUGUUGAUCAAUGGAAGUGGGAUGUUUCGGGAUAUCAUCACACGUGGCGCAUUGAUGGUUUUUCUAGAAUUGAACACCCUUCAUCAGUCGGGUAUCUCAGAACUGGCCAAGAGACGAAAUCGCGCCCGACAAGAGCCAUUGCUAAUCGAUGCCCAUCGACUUGUUCGGUAUGCAAAAGAGAGGAUGUGCCAUGGUGAGACAAACGUGAAAGGAUAUUUGUUUUUGAAACUCGCCACAACUCAAACUGAGGCUUUGAUUAAUGAAGUACCAGUCGAGCAGGCGAUGAAGAAAGCUGCAAGCGAGAGCCUGGAUGAAUGCGAGUUCAUUCUUGGCAAUAUAUCGACAUGUUCAGAUGUUAUUAUCGAACCUGGGGAUUUCGAGGCUUGGAGGCCUGGGGGAUCAACACACAUUCCCAUAGAUCUUAACUCUGGUCUGGACUCUUUGGAUGACGACAAUUUUACGUUUGAUCUCUCAGAUCCUUCGACUUUCCAAAAUUGGACGGAUUUGUCAAUAUACUAG